ACAAAUAAAAGGAAAAUGGGAAAAUGUUGACAUACAUAUUAACAUUUUCUUGAAUAUCCCAUUUUCUUUUUAAAAAAUGUUUCACUGGCAACAAAAAAUAUGUGGUACGCCGCUGUUAUACGAUUUCUGAGACGCCGAAUUAUUUUAGGCCUCGUCCUAUUCCUGUCUUUGUGUUAUUGUAUUUUUAGUUUUGUUGGCAAGUCAGAAUUUCUAGACAACGACGAAGUUAUUCAUAUUAAAAGAACGCAACCGUUUAUCUGGAGGACUUUACAGCAACACAAUGUGACAAACGAUGUUGAGGAUACUUGCAGGAAUUCCGUGCAGGGAAAAGUACUCAUAGUGGACGAUAGAGGCUAUGUUUGUCCGAGGAGCGAAAUCUUAAGCAACGGUUGCUGCAAUAGCGAAACUCAAAACGUAUUUCAAUACGCUUGCGAAACAUGCAAUAUAAAUCAUUGCUGUGCAAUUUACGAGUACUGUAUAUCUUGUUGUUUACACCCAGAUAAAAAAGAUGUUUUAGAAACCAUUCUAAAAAAGGCAACUGAUCAAAACAAUGUCCUUUAUGCUUCUGUUUCUGAUCAUUUCGAACUUUGCCUUGCAAAAUGUAGGACAAAUUCUCAAAGUGUUCAGCACGAAAACUCUUACAAAGACCCCAAAGCUAAACACUGUUAUGGAGAAACUGCACCUAUAACAAAUUCUCUGGAAGAAGUUUAGGGUUUGGUUUAUUGAGAUUUUGGGAAUGAUGCAAUUUUUUUUUUUUGUUAUAAAAAUUUAUAUUAACAUGUUUGUUUCAAUAUAGGUGAGCAGAAAUUCUUGUAAAUAUGUAUAACUAAAGCUUCGUUUCCAAUCAAACCUGGUAUUUGACCCCUUCAUAAAACACAUAAGCUCCAUUACAAUUUGCUGUAUGAAAUUAUCCAGAAUCAUUUUUGAAAUAGCUUUGAUAGUAAUAAAAAUGGCCAAACGUCAAAAACAUUAUAUUGGGCUUUUGCACCCAAUCCUUAUGCUACAUAUCAUAACUCAUGUUUUCAUGGUAUUUUUUCCAAAUUAGCUGCAACUAUACUGGGUGACAACAGGAAGUGGGCACGCAGUCUAUAAUUUUUUGUUACUUCAGGUAAAUUUCUGAAACUUUGUGGAAUUACACCUGAUAUAUUGAUAAUUUUUACUUAUUUCACUGGAAAAUGAAAAUUCCAAACUUCCCACUGUCUCAUUGUAAGUAUGUAUAACAAAUUUAGGUACCUACCUAAUGAUCUCCUAAGAUUUUUUUUUGGCUAAAUCUUACUAGGCAAACAAUUGAGUAUUCAAUUACUUAUGCAUUAUUAAACUAUAUCGGUGUUUCAACGGAAAAUUAUACUGAAACAACCAUUAUUUAUUUUUUUAUGUUGGUAAAUUUUAAGGUAAAUAGUUUUUAUUAUUGUUUCAGAAAUCUUAAGUAUUAGAUUAUUUUUUUAGUUGUGAUAUUAUUUAUUAGUAAUAUAAUAUCCGUAAAAUUUUUAAAUUGGUGUUUAUUGAAUCAUUUCUAUUUCAUGUUGUCCUUUGUUUACUCCAUAAUGAACUUCGUUUUCUUUUCUGUAGGCCCAUGACAUCCUGCGGCUUGUGAAACCUAUACCAAUGGCUCCUGUUUUUGACAAAGUU